GGCUGGCGCGGGGGCGGACCGGCUGCAGCGGUGUGGGCGCCGUGGUAGUUCUGUCUGGAAGUCGGUGCGAGUCCGUGAGCCAUGAGGUUUUUGCAAUUCCUAAGUAUUUGGCCUUUUCCGAGUAAGUAAUAUGGAGAUGGAGAAGAUGAACACGGAUAUGUCUGGUGAGGAGGAAGAGAAGGAGAACAAUGCAAGAAACUCUAGAGUUUGUACUAGUUGUGACAAGAUCCAUGAGUCCAUUUCCAAGUGGAUGCUUCCCGAAAAUGCCAGAGGAACCUACCUGGAAAGAGCAAACUGUAUCCCUCCUCCUCUCUUCAUCAUUUCCAUUAGUAUAGCUGAGUUGGCUGUAUUCAUUUAUUAUGCUGUUUGGAAGCCCCAGAAACAGUGGAUCACGCUGGAUACAGGUGUCUGGAACAGUCCCUUUAUUUAUAGGCCUGACAAGAGGGAAGAAGCUUGGAGAUUCAUUUCAUAUAUGCUAGUGCAUGCUGGCAUUCAACACAUUUUAGGAAAUCUCUGUCUGCAACUUAUUUUGGGGAUCCCCUUGGAAAUGGUUCAUAAAGGGCAUCGGGUUAGUCUCGUGUAUCUUGCAGGAGUGAUUGGAGGUUCCUUGGCUAGCUCAGUCUGUGAUCCCCUCCAGGCUCUCGUAGGGGCUUCAGGAGGAGUCUAUGCUCUCAUUGGAGGAUACUUUAUGAAUGUUUUAGUGAACUUCAGAGAAAUGAUUCCUUUGUUUGGAGUCUUCAGAUUGCUCCUCAUCGGGAUUAUAGUUGGAACUGAUAUGGGAUUUGCUGUGUACAGAAGAUUUAUUGCUCCUGUGAAUGGGCCUCAAAUUGAGCUCCUGCAGUCUAUCUAUUGAUCACUGUAAGGUAUGUUUUCUAAUCCUUAAUCAUUCUCGUGGCUCUUCUCUAAACCCUCUCCAAUUUUAUCAACAUCCUUCUCAAAUUGUGGACGCCAGAACUGGAUAAUAUUCCAGCGAUGGUUGCACCAGUGCCAAAUACAGAUGUAAAAUAACCUCUCUACUUCUACUUGAGAUUUCCCUGGAUCACAUCUUUUGGCCACAGCGUCACACUGGGAGCUCAUGUUUAGCUGAUUAUCCACCAUGACACCCAAAUCUUUUUCAGUAUCACUGCUUUCCAGGAUAGUCCCCCAUUGUGUAAGUAUGGCCUACAUUCUUUGUUCUUUCAUGUGUACAUUUACCCAUAUUAAAACACAUAUUGUUUGCUUGUGCCCAGUUUACCAAGUGAUCCAGCUUGCUCUGAAUUGGAGACCUGUCCUCUUCAUUAUUUACAACUUCCCCAACUUUUGUGUCAUCUGCAAACUUUAUCAGUGACGUUGUAUUUUCUCCCAGGUCACUGGAAAAAAAUGUUAAAUUGUGUAGGACCAAGAAGUGAUCCCUGAGGGACCCCACUGGAAACAGAUCCGCUUAAUGAUGAUUCCUUUGCAACUAAAUUUUGAGCCAAUUUUUAGUCUUUUUAAUGUAUGGCAUGUUAAUUCUAUAUCGUUGUAGUUUUUAAUCAAAAUGUCUCAUCAAAUGCCUUCCAGAAGUUUAUGCGUAGUAAGUCGACACUAUUGCCUUUAUCAACCAAAUUUAUAAUCUCAUAAAAAUAUGUAAAUUAGUUUUUUCAGGAUCUAUUUUCCAUAAACCCUUGUUGAUUUUCAUUCAUUACAUUACUCUCCUUCAAUUCUUUAUUAAUUGAGUCCUGUAUCAGCCACUCCAUUAUCUUGAUCAAGAUCGAUAUCAGUUUGACAAGCCUAUAAUUACCCAAGUUACCCUGUUUACUCUUUUUAAACAUUGGCACAACAUUACCUUUCUUCCAGUCUUCUGGAACUUCCCUGGUGCUCCAAGACUUACUGAAAAUCAACGGUCCAGGGAGCUCCUCAGAUGGCUUUGUUAAAUCUCUUGGAUGCA